AUGUUGACCUCUAUAUUGAUAAAAGGUCGCACACCUGUUCUUGCAAGCAGAAAUUUAUUAGCAGCUCUCUCGAAUUGCAACCAUAUUACUUGGGCUGUUUCAAGAAGAUUAUACAAUGAUGGAAACAGAGAUCAAAGAAAUUUUGGUAGGAAUCAGAGAAACAACAACAGUAACAGGUAUAGAAACUCCCGUUUCAAUUCUCGCCCAAGGACAAGGUCUAGAGAAGACGAUGAUGAAGUGCACUUUGAUAAGACCACUUUUUCCAAACUAAUUCACGUCCCAAAAGAAGAUAAUAGUAAAGAAGUAACGCUGGACUCUUUACUGGAGGAAGGAGUCCUUGAUAAAGAAAUACAUAAAGCCAUUACCAGGAUGGAAUUUCCCGGUUUAACUCCUGUACAGCAAAAGACUAUCAAACCAAUAUUAUCCAGUGAAGACCAUGAUGUUAUCGCAAGAGCUAAAACCGGUACAGGUAAGACAUUUGCCUUCUUGAUUCCAAUUUUCCAGCAUUUGAUAAAUACGAAGUUCGAUUCUCAAUAUAUGGUAAAAGCUGUUAUUGUCGCACCAACAAGAGAUUUGGCCUUGCAAAUCGAAGCAGAGGUGAAAAAAAUCCACGAUAUGAAUUAUGGCUUGAAAAAGUACGCUUGUGUCUCUUUAGUUGGUGGUACUGACUUCAGGGCAGCUAUGAAUAAAAUGAAUAAGUUGAGACCAAACAUUGUAAUUGCCACUCCAGGGAGAUUGAUUGAUGUUUUGGAAAAAUACUCCAACAAAUUUUUUAGGUUCGUAGAUUACAAAGUGCUAGAUGAAGCUGACAGAUUGCUAGAAAUUGGAUUCAGGGAUGAUUUAGAAACUAUUUCUGGUAUUUUAAAUGAAAAGAACUCCAAAUCAGCCGAUAAUAUCAAGACUUUGUUGUUCUCUGCUACUCUGGACGACAAAGUACAAAAGUUGGCAAACAAUAUCAUGAAUAAAAAAGAAUGUCUCUUUUUAGACACAGUAGAUAAGAAUGAACCUGAAGCACAUGAAAGAAUUGAUCAGUCUGUCGUCAUUUCAGAAAAGUUUGCCAAUAGUAUAUUUGCUGCUGUGGAGCAUAUAAAGAAACAAAUAAAGGAAAGAGAUUCUAAUUACAAAGCCAUUAUUUUUGCACCAACUGUUAAAUUCACAUCCUUUUUGUGCAGUAUUUUAAAGAAUGAAUUUAAGAAAGAUUUACCAAUUUUGGAAUUUCAUGGUAAAAUUACUCAAAAUAAAAGAACAAGUUUAGUUAAAAGAUUCAAAAAAGAUGAAUCCGGUAUUUUGGUUUGUACGGAUGUGGGAGCCCGUGGUAUGGAUUUCCCAAACGUCCACGAAGUUUUGCAAAUUGGUGUUCCAUCUGAGUUGGCUAAUUAUAUUCAUAGAAUUGGUAGAACAGCCAGAAGUGGGAAAGAAGGAUCUUCUGUGCUAUUCAUUUGUAAAGAUGAAUUGCCAUUUGUUAGAGAGUUGGAAGAUGCAAAAAAUAUAGUCAUUGCCAAACAAGAAAAAUAUGAGCCCAGUGAAGAAAUAAAAUCUGAGGUCCUAGAGGCAGUGACCGAAGAACCGGAAGACAUAUCAGAUAUUGUAAUAAGUUUAAUCUCAUCCUACAGAUCCUGUAUCAAGGAAUACAGGUUUUCUGAAAGGCGCAUACUUCCUGAAAUUGCUUCCACUUAUGGUGUACUGUUAAAUGAUCCUCAAUUAAAGAUUCCAGUAUCCAGAAGGUUUUUAGAUAAAUUAGGUUUGAGCCGUAGUCCAAUUGGUAAGGCAAUGUUUGAAAUUAGAGACUAUAGUAGUAGAGAUGGAAAUAACAAGUCCUACGAUUAUGAUGAUGAUUCAGAAAUUUCUUUCAGAGGCAACAAAAACUAUAAUAAUAGGAGCCAAAAUAGAGAUUACGAUGACGAACCGUUUAGACGCAGCAACAACAAUAGACGCUCAUUCUCCCGUAGUAAUGAUAAAAAUAAUUACUCCAGUAGAAACAGCAACAUAUAUUAG